CUUGAGGUCAGUUAUGUACCUAGGUAGUUAGAGCUCAAAAUUUAUUACUCGAGUUCUACCGUGGACAACGUCAUUGCUAAUAAAUAAUUGCUUCACUACAAACCGAUUUCAACUUGAUCCCCCAGUUCUCCCCGAGCAUUAUUAAUUUGCACGCUUUGCGGAUAUUGGCCACAACAGGGCGCUACACAUGUAGUUGAUCAAGCGCAACUUGAGCAACACGUCUUGCGAUUGCUAAUCAUAAUGUCUGCUUUGCGCAUUAUCGCAAAGUUGUCUUCCGGCAAUGGCCACCAACAUGCGCGAUGCCUUCACCAUAUGCAGGUGUCAAUGAGACGACCCGCGCGCUCUUUCUCUAAUCAAAUAGCGCGAACUAACCUUCCAUUAUCUGACCCUAUUCGAAUAUGUAGUAUUCAACAGAAGCGACAUAAUUCCUCUUCGCCCAAGACAAAUAACCAGGAGCCGCUACCACCCUCAAAGCUGCUUUUCCGAGCCCUGAAACAAGGCAUGAAUUUUCGUCCUCUACUUGGAAUAUUUCGUGGCCAAACUCUUCGUGCUCUAUUUCGACAGAGCCCAGAGGAGCUUGUAAUUGCUCUUAUCCUGUUAUUCGUUAUAUCUUGUACAUCCCUCUAUAUCGUUUAUGCCUAUUUCAACUAUUUCCAAUCUCCACAAUUCACUCGAUUCCCGCCUCACAUCGCCAAAUCCCUCCGCCGUGCGAUAUAUUACAGCAACUACGGUCCUGAUCCGCAGCUAGCCCUCAAAUACUACACGCUUGCCUUGGGCCAAUGUAAGGAAGCCGGUCUUGACCCCUUUUCGGACGAAGUUAUAGGUCUCAGGAUCCAAUUAGCUGCGUGGUUAGAACAAAUCGGUAGUUAUAAGAAUUCUAUCGACGUAUUAGAGGCGCUUCUUAACGAUUCGAAAAAAUGGGUUGCGCUCAUGGAGAAGAGCGCCAAAGAUGGCCUUAUUGAUGAAUCGGGAAGACUGUCUGGCGCACCAAGCCCCCAAGGCUCUGGCACAGAAGAAGAAAAGAGCGAAAGUGAACCGAAACCGGAGAAUCUGUGGGGUAAGCGAACAAGAAUCUUGGGAAGAUCGGUCGGAAUCAGUGUUAAGCUUGGAGCGCUUUAUGCCGACGAGCACGUUCUUGAAGGUGACUCUGCUGGUGAACACUUGAUAUGGGCAGUCGAGACUGUCUUAAAAGAAUUACACAGGCGUCAAGUUGAAGGUCUGAAGGAAGGCGAGGGCGAUUGGAUGUCCCCAGAGCAGAUUGGGGGAUCGCUAGAAGCCCUGGGACAUCAUUACGAGUCCAAGUCGCAAUUCUAUCUUGCAGCACCGCUCUUCCUUCAGGCGAUCUCACUUUCGCCUCCAAAUAGCUGUCAUACUGCCGUACUGAUGAACAACCUAGCGAUUUCUUUGGCGCAGCAACCCGUCGAUACGCCGUUAGAUCCUCCCCAGAUCUCUCAAGCUAACGGAUCUACUGCGGCCACCCGUCCGACGCGGUCUAAUCUCCUAGCCAGUGCCCGUUUAUGGGCCUUGAAAGCUGAGGCAACAGCACGAAAAGUACAAGGAGAAAAUAGGACUGAAGAAUGCGACGAAGCUUGCGCAGUAGCACUGUGCAACCUGGGAGAUAUCGCAGCUAUGGCUGGGGAUAUCGAAGAAGCACAGCGCAAAUUUCAAGAGAGUUUGGCGUUGAGCAAGAACAUUGCAUUCGAACCCGGCACUAAACAAGCUCAGGAGGGCCUGCAACGCUUAUCUAAGACGCCAUCGGCUGGAUCGCCAUAAUCAACUUACACCGUGAUCGUCUUUAUAAACCUCUGGCUCUAUAGACAACGGGUGUUGCUACAUACUUCAAUCUAGGAGGUCCUGAAUUAGGAACCAUUUAGUAAAGGAAGCUUACAAGUGAGUGGGCAUUCUGUUACUUUCCACGCUCCCAAAGUCAGCAGGGAAGCGUUCCAUGUCACCAAAAAAUCGCUGCACCGACAGUGUUUUGGCCUGCAAGUUAGGCUGAAAUUUGGUUCAUGAUAGGAUGUAAGGUCAUCUCGUUACCAAAGUGGCCAAGGUAUACGAAAUAGGGAAAUGUGAAAACGAGGUUAACUAGCAUGAUUCUCGGGCACUUUCCAUAAAAGAUAACUACCAGAAUUAUGCGGAGCUCGAGCCAGUAGUAUCUCCUAUUCAAUUACGAAACCCUUCGGCAAGGGUGAUAAAAAUAAGUCAACAUG